UCGAUUUACUUUACUGCUUUUAUAGAAUUUCUAAUCAUAACUAUUUAUAACAUUGUAUGAUGGAGUGCACAUCGUUUGAUUGCUGGAUUGUACCAGCUAUUGUGUCUAAUGGUUGUUUAAAAUGAUAUUUAUAUAUAUUCUAUUGAGUAGAAUCUGUUCUAAUAGUGAAAGUAAAUGUUCGAGUUAUAUGCUCUUUCAGUGUCACUUGUCAUUUCAUUUGGUGAUUUACGUUGAUAUAAAGACAUCGUCCUAGUCAUGCUUUUGGAGAAGCCUUUUUACACGAGUCACUUUUUGGCCUGUUCACGUAUCAUUACAGCCAAACAGUCCUUUCGUUUUGAUAGUGAACAAAAAGUAACUUGCCAUAACAAAAGUUAUAGGAGACUGAAAUCUAAACAGAUUUUAACAUGGCAUCAAAGUAAUGCAUUUUUUUCUUACGGUUUCAUACGUUUUAACAUUUCAAUCAUUGAAUUAUUGACUGUUUGGCAUUGGUUGGUUGCCACGAGGCUCUUUCAAUAGUUUUGAAAGGGAUAGGGUAGAUGAAAUGAUGAGAUUCUUGUAACUUUUGGAUGACCCCUUCUUGACAAAGACAGUCCCCAUCAAUUGUCCCCAGGCUUUAUUCCCCUCUUUUUGUGCCAGGGGGACGUUUUGUAUCUUUUGUUUGUUUAUCUGUCAGACUCACUGGCCUUAGUUUGAUUUAGUAUUGUAGAACAAUACGCAUAUUAACCAUAUUAUUACACAAAACCAUCUAAAUGUCCAUCUCUACCCAAACUUUGUAUUUAAUCCAUUCAGAUUAUUUUCCAUUGACUGUUAGGGAUGACCACAAUUGAUAUGAAACUGUUGACAUUAGGUACAUAAAAUGUUACAUUUUAUUUUUCAGCAUAGCGAGUACAUUGCCAAUCCUGCAUUGGAACUGGUUAAAUAUUUGUUUUCAUUCAAAAUCAUUUCGGUGUUUUUUUUUAAGUCAGUGGAAAUUGCUGCUGUAGGUGUGCAGUGUAUACCCGUUAAUGAACUAGCUUUACCUCCAUUGGCCAAUCUGGUCACAUGGUUCCCUAACUUUAUUCAGUUGACAGCAAGUAGGAGGGCUUUAUGGAGGGUGGAAAAAAAGACAACUCGAGAAAAAUUUGUAUUUUCUACCUUCAGAAAUUAAUGACCAUGAGUUCGUUUAUGGUGGACUCUAAGUAUGUGGACCCAAAAUUUCCUCCUUGUGAGGAAUAUUCGCAAAAUAGCUAUAUACCUGACCAGGGGACAGGCUACUACGGUCCAGCGCAGGACCCAGGUUUCCAGCAUCCAGGAAUCUAUCCACGGUCAAACUACACUGAGCAACCCUUCAGUUGUACCACUGUGCAGGGUUCUACAGUGCAGCCGCGGGGUCAUGUGCAUGAGCGAGCCAGCCACCCUAGCCCUUUCACUGCACAGACCGAGCCGUGUCCCCCGGUCCAAGUGACUGGCCCCCGGACUUGUGGACAGCAACAAAACACAAAGAACCAACAUGGGAUACAAGCCAAGCAGCCUACAGUAGUUUACCCCUGGAUGAAGAAACACCACGUUACUACGGUAAACCCGGACUACACAGGACCUGAACCGAAACGGUCUCGGACAGCUUAUACAAGACAGCAGGUUUUGGAACUGGAAAAGGAGUUUCAUUUUAACAGGUAUCUGACCAGGCGGCGUCGCAUAGAGAUUGCCCAUACACUCGUUCUCUCCGAGCGUCAGAUCAAAAUCUGGUUUCAAAACAGAAGAAUGAAAUGGAAAAAAGACCACAAACUACCGAACACAAAGGGAAGAUCUGCAUCGGCUUCCAGCCAACAUUUACAAAGUAUUCAGAAGGAUAACCAGACUGAUAUCACAACUUUAUGAAUAUUGUGGGAAAUUUUGAAUCUUACAUGAACUGUAGGCCUAUAAAAACGAUUUCUCAUUUGACUUUGCAUGAUCUCAAACAUGGCAUUUUCGUCAUAGGCAGUUACAUUCAGAAGGACCCUCGAUGUGUGUUGGCUCGCUGAAUUGAGUCAACUUCCAACAUUAUAACUGAUAGGUGCUCAGAAGAUACGAGUGCGUCACUACAUGCUUCACAUGCUUCAAAGAGGUAGCAGUAGAUCGAACGAGAACUUUCGCUUUCGGACGAAAGCCUGUUAAAGAGGUUUUCAUGUGGUAGGCCUACUCUUCUUGCUUGCUAUGGUUCUCUUUCCACCACACAAGUCAGAGUACUGCCUGAACAUUUAUAUCUUUAUUUAAAAGGGGGAAAAAACGUACAAUUAUGUGAAACUUUUGUACACGUUAAUAGGAAAUUGUCUUGUGAUGAAAUCAAGCUUCUAAAAAGAACCAUAUUUGAUUCAUAUAUUGCAAAAAUAAAAUGGCCAUUGCACACAAAGCAUCAGUUGAUCCAUACAUUUGUGACAAUAUUUGUUACUUUUAUAUAGCCUAGUUUUUUUUUAAAGUAGUGAACUCGUAUUUAUGGGUGCUAACUGGUUGAAUUUUUCUGUUUACGUUUUCUGAUCUUUUAUACAAUAAAGUUUUUAAAAUGGCGUUAAAUUCUAUUGAGAAACAAGACAUUCCUGUGUGCAGACCUUUCCCAGUGCCCUUAUUCGGUUAUAAAUCUCUCUUGACAUCUUUGUAAACAGUGUACAUUUAAAGAGGGUCUCACAUAUGGCUUCUGAAACUCUUUCAUGAGUUCCCUUGUUCUUUGCAUCGAAUUGAUAUUUUGUAAGAUACUUCGCUAUUUUUAUUUGGAUCCAUAUCAAACAGAACACUAUUAAAACUCUAUAUUAAAUGUGAAGGACGUUGAGGACUAAAAAUAGGUGUCAUAUGUUUCCCCCAUUUUUAUUAUUCUAAUUUUGUAAAUAUAGUGUUUACAUUUCAUUAUGAUUAUUUAUUUAAUUAAAUAUCUGUACAUUUCCUAAAACCCACAACUGUUCUGAACAUGUUUGAGACACAAACGUUUAUUUAAUGAGAUAUGUUCAAAACUGUUGUGGAUUAUUAGAAUUGUCUCUUUUGUUAUGCAUUGUAAAAUCGUUUAAUUCAUGCGCUUAGCUGGCGUUAAAAUCUAACUAUGGCAUUCAUUUAUACCAAACCAAGCCACACAGGCAUUCAUGUCAUGUUUCAAGACAGAUAUUCCUGUAUUACUCCAAUCAUCGUCCUCGUGACAAAAAUAAUCAUAACCUCUUGUGUUGCGAAGAUGUCUUCCCUCUGAAGAGUCUUCAUGAUGAGAAGUUGAAAAGCUAUUUCAACUGAAGUUCGACAAAAAGCUCCAGAGGCAGGUUCAUCCAGAGGACACUGUUUCUAUCGCCUUAGACACAUUUCAGCCGCGAGGAGUGACCUCUAAACCCUUGACCCGUCCGACCAAUACAGCCUUGUUUCUCUUACAGGCGCUAUUCACAUUGAGUUUAAUUUAGAUACUUUUUCUAUUCUACCUUAGUAUUGGUUUGCUAUAGAAUAUUGGACGCUUAUGUAACUCGGUUAAACAUGCAGGCUAACUUUUUAAAGCCUAUAUGUAUUCUGCCAGAUGCACCUCAAACGGUACUGAUUGUGUAUUCAUGUCUCACCAUGUUAAUAUGCAAUCCUGUCUGACUUUAUUUUUGUACCUGCUUUUUACUCUGUACAUUCACAGGUGUCGUGCACAACUUUCAUGGAAAAAUAAAGAUUGUUACUUGAUGCAUUAUGGUGGCACAGAGCACUCACGUUUGUCAAUAGAUUUCUUUAUCAAGUAUUCAGAGGUUCAUGCUGGGCCAUUGAGCAGAUAAAAUAGAUAAUCAAUGUGUGCGCGCGCACGAGCACGCACACACACACGGUCUUUGGUGGCUUUCGUGAUCGUGAAAUAUCAGAUACCGCCAAAAUAUUUCCAUAAUGCGUAAAAUGAGGCAUUCUGUAACAUUUGGGUUCCAUAGCAAAGCAUACAAGAACAUGGAAUAUGGCCUUACUUGCGAUACACCCACAUAACUCGAACUUUAUGCAUGUCUCUCUCAUUGACAUCAACCCAUGAUUUACUCAAAGGUUACGAGUCGAUACCUCAAAUUAGGAUUUAGCCUAUGGGUUGGGUUUGACCACACAUCUCGCAGACAACGUUUUACUUAAUUGUGCUUGUUUGAAAAAAUGUUGGCAUAGUUGACUAACAUAACGUGUUUCAUUGGCCGGUAAGUUACAUUUUAUAGCAAGAAUCAUGAAUGUCCCCUAACCCACAUCAAUGUUAGAUUCAGUGCCAUAGGUUUUAUGAAUGCAGGAUCAGUGGGAUUAUAUUUGUGAUCAAAUAAAAUGUUCAUGCUUGGAUUAAAA